AUGUCUCCGUAUAAAUCUGUUUUUAUUCUCGAAGCUGUGAGUUGCCGUCACCUGUUUCGGUUCCUCAUAGCUCUGUUCAUUUCUCUUCGAUCACAGAUGGUAAUUCUAGUUUCUCUCUACGGAGAAAGUUUGCAGCUUUGGAAACCUCGUGAGACAAAUCGAAAUGAUGAUCACAGUCUUGAGAAUCUAGAUGGAUCACUCUUCGGAAGCUCAGAUGAAGAAGAACCAAGUGACACUUACCCUCUUAACAAGGACACAGAGAAGAUGCUUGAGGAAUUCCACAUGAGUGGAUACCGUGAUGGGAUUAUUGCUGGAAAAGAAGCUGCUUCGCAGCAAGGUUAUAACAUUGGCUAUAAAGAAUCAGUUCUUGAUGGCUACAAGUUUGGUAUCGUUAGAGGUGUCGUCAGUGCGUUGGCUUUCCUCCCGAAUGAGGUAAGAGAGAAGCUGGUUGAUGAACAAGAAACGAGAGACGAGUUUCAGAAGCUACACGGUUCUGUGCAUUGUCUCUCAACGGAAGCUGCGAUGAAACUGUUUUAUGGAACUCUGAUUACAAAGCAAGGAGAAGAUAAGAGUGGUGAAGAAGGGUCUGACUCUGGUCUUGGUCUUGGUUAUGGUUCUGUUUCGGGUUCCGGUGUUGCUGCCACGACAGACUUGGGAAGCUAUGUUGCUGAGCUAAGGUCUCUUCUUGACAAAUCUCCUAAGAUUUAUGCCUCUGGUUCCGACUUGUGA